GGGGAGGCGUAGCCCGAAGCACGACCUUUGACCCCUCACUCGGCGGCGUAGGAGACCGCCGCAGCCGGGAUUCCUGAGGAGGCGGCAGUGGCCGCGGGUCGCUGUGGCUGCGAUGGAGGAUCCUGUUCAAGAUGGGGUGGCUGCGGCACCCUCCGGGACCGGGAAAUCCAAGCUGGAAACAUUGGCGAGAGAAGAUCUCAUCAAGUUUGCCAAGAAGCAAAUGAUGCUACUACAGAAAGCCAAAGCAAGGUGUACAGAAUUAGACAAAGAAAUUGAAGAACUCAAAUCAAAACCUGUUGAUGGAGGAACUGAUGAUAUUAUUAAGGUACUCACUGAGCGCCUGGAUGCUCUUCUUCUGGAAAAAGCAGAGACAGAACAACAGUGUCUGUGUCUGAAAAAGGAAAACAUGAGAAUAAAGCAAGAGCUUGAGGAUUCAGUAACUAAACUGGAAGAUACACACAAAGAGUUUGAGCAGUCACAUAGAAACAAUGUAAAUGAAAUAGAAAGUUUGAAGAAUGACUUGACAGCUGCGCACUCAGAGCACAGUAAAGACAAAGCCAGCUUACAAAAAGAACUGGAGGAAGCAGUAAAUAAACAAUUAGAGCUUUUAGAACAGCUUAAAUCUCGGAGCGACUCUGAAGAUAAUGUUAAACAAUUGCAGGAAGAGAUUCAGAACCUUACAGCAGGAUUUGAGGAACAGAUUUUCUGUCUACAAAAGCAGUUAGAAGCUACCAGUGAUGAAAAGAAGCAGGAGAUUAUUCAUCUCCAAAAAGUCAUUGAGGACAACACUCAGCACUACCAAAAAGAUAUUAAUGCUUUUCGAGAAGAGAUUGUGCAGCUGAGAGCUGCACACAAAGAGGAAGUUAAUGAGCUGAUGUCUCAAAUGGAAGCAUCAGCUAAAGAACAUGAAGCGGAAAUAAAUAAGCUAAAAGAUAGCAGAGUGCAGCAGUGUGAGGGAACUGAGAGCAAUCAGGAGAAAAGCAAUCAGGAGAAAUGCCAAUGUGAAUCGGAGAGUGUAAAUGAUGGCACCUCAGAUACAAGCCAGGAGAACCAAAAUUGCUCUGUGCCCUUACAAGAAGAUCCUUUUGCAGAACAGACAGUAUAUGAUAAAGUCAGACAGUUGGAAGAGUCUUUAAGAGAACUGGAAUCUCAACAUAGUAUCUUAAAAGAUGAGGUGACUUAUAUGAAUAAUCUCAAGUUAAAACUUGAAAUGGAGGCCCAACAUAUAAAAGAUGAGUUUUUCCAUGAACGAGAAGACUUGGAGUUUAAAAUUAAUGAACUGUUGCUGGCUAAAGAAGAACAGGGCUAUGUAGUAGAAAAAUUAAAAUGUGAGCAAGAAGAUUUAAACAGACAGCUUUGCUGUGCCGUAGAACAUCAUAAUAAAGAAGUACAGCGUCUUCAGGAACUCCAUCAGAAGGAAAUCUCUGAACUCAGUGAGACAUUUAUGUCAGGUUCAGAAAAAGAAAAAUUAGCAUUAAUGUUUGAAAUACAGGGUCUUAAGGAACAGUGUGAAAAUCUACAACACGAAAAGCAAGAAGCAAUCCUAAAUUAUGAGAGUUUGCGAGAGAUGAUGGAAAUUUUACAAACAGAGCUCGGAGAAUCUGCUGGAAAAAUAAGUCAAGAGUUUGAAACAAUGAAGCAACAGCAGGCAUCUGAUGUUCAUGAGCUUCAGCAGAAGCUGAGAACGGCUUUUAAUGAAAAAGAUGCUCUUCUUGAAACUGUAAAUCGCCUCCAACGAGAAAAUGAAAAGUUAUUACCUCAACCAUAAUUUGUACACAAACUUGAAAGUACCGUAAGGAGCCUUAAGGCAAGCAAUAGCGUACACUUAGCCAGUCUUGAUUAAAAAGAUUAUGUGUAACAAGAAUUAGAAACAAAGAUACGUUCUCUUGCUGAAGAAAAAGAUGAUUUUAUAAGUAAAAUGAAAACUUGCCAUGAAGAGAUAGAUAAUCUCCAUCAGAAAUGGGAAAGGGAACAGAGAUUGACUGUAGAACUCAAGGAAGAGGCAGAGCAAACCAGCCAGCACAACCGUGAACUGAGACAGAGAGUAGACGAAUUAACGGGGAAACUCGAUGCAGUAUUAAGAGAAAAGAGUCAAAAUGACCAAAGCGUUAUGGUUCAAAUAAAAACUAUGACUGAAGACCAAGAAGCAUUGUCAUCUAAAAUCAAGUCUCUGUAUGAGGAAAAUAAUAGACUACACUCUGAAAAGGUCCAGUUGAGUAAAGAUUUGGAAACUCUUCAGUCUCAAAAAGAUGUUGCCGUUAAAGAGCAUGUUGCCGAAUUGGAAGAGAAACUCCAGUCAAUGGCUGAAGAGCGAGAUAACUUAAAGAAAGUAUUUGAAAAUGAACAAGUUCAGAAGUCAUUGGUCAAAACUCAGUUAUCUGACUAUCUUAAGCAAAUGGGGCCAAACAUUUUAGAAGAGAAUGAAGAGGAAGAUGUUGUAAAAGUUCUACAAGCUCUGGGUGAAUCCUUAGCAAAAAUAAAGGAAGAAAGACAUGCCUUGGUCUCUCGGUAUGAUGAGCGAGUGUUAGAAUUAGAAGGAAAGAUUAAGUGCCUUCAAGAAGAGAGUGCAGCUCAGGGCGACGAACUUAGGGCUUUGCUUAGAGACUCCGAGCAGGAGAAAAUUCUCUUAAGGAAAGAAUUAGAAGAAGCCACAUCAACAAAAGAGGCCCUGCAACUUGAUCUUUUAGAAAUGAAGAAUGCUAAUGAAAAAACGAGCCUUGAAAAUCAGAGUCUUACAGCUCAAGUUGAAGAAUUAUCUCAGACAUUACACAGCAAAAAUGAAGUCCAUAAUGAAAAGUCUCUUGUAAUAGAACACGAAAACCUAAAGCUAUUGCUUGAACAAAGAGAAUCUGAACUGCAAGAUGUGAGAGCAGAGUUGAUACUGCUGAAGGAUUCCUUAGAGAAAUCGCCUUCUGUAAAUAAUGAUCAACUCUCAUUGGUAAAAGAGCUGGAAGAAAAAAUAGAAAGUCUGGAAAAAGAAUCCAAAGAAAAGGAUGAGAAAAUAAGUAAGAUAAAACUAGUUGCUGUGAAAGCAAAGAAAGAACUGGAUUCUAACCGGAAAGAGGCCCAGACACUAAAGGAAGAACUUGAAUCUGUCCGGUCAGAAAAGGACCGCCUGUCUGCUUCUAUGAAGGAGUUUAUUCAAGGAGCAGAAAACUAUAAGAAUCUUUUGAUAGAAUAUGAUAAGCAGUCAGAACAGCUGGAUAUGGAAAAAGAACGCGCUAAUAAUUUUGAACAUCACAUAGAAGACCUUACCAAACAAUUAAGAAAUUCAACUUGUCAGUGUGAAAAGCUAAAUUCAGACAACGAGGAUCUCCUGGCUCGUAUUGAGACUCUGCAGUCUAAUGCUAAGUUAUUAGAAGUACAGAUUCUGGAAGUCCAGAAAGCCAAAGGAAUAGUAGACAAAGAACUGGAAGCUGAAAAACAUCAGAAAGAACAGAAAAUAAAGGAACAUGCCAGUGCUGUAAAGGAGCUUGAAGAACUCCAGCUCCAAAUCGAAAAAGAAAAGAAGCAGCUUCAGAAAACCAUGCAAGAACUGGAGCUGGUUAAAAAGGAUGCCCAACAAACCACAUUGAUGAACAUGGAAAUAGCAGAUUACGAACGUUUGACGAAAGAAUUAAAUCAGAAAUUAACAAAUAAAGACAGUAAGAUAGAAGAUUUGGAGCAAGAAAUAAAAAUUCAAAAACAGAAACAAGAAACCCUACAAGAAGAAAUGACUUCCCUGCAGUCCUCAGUACAGCACUACGAAGAAAAAACCACCAAAAUCAAACAGCUGCUCGUGAAAACCAAAAAGGAACUGGCAGAUGCAAAGCAAGCAGAAAGUGAUCACCUACUACUUCAAGCGUCUUUAAAGGGUGAACUGGAAGCAAGCCAACAACAAGUAGAAGUCUAUAAAAUUCAGCUGGCCGAGAUAACAUCCGAGAAGCACAAAAUCCACGAGCAUCUGAAGACUUCUGCAGAGCAGCAUCAGCGCACACUGAGCGCGUACCAGCAGAGGGUGGCGGCCCUUCAGGAAGAGAGCCGAACUGCCAAGGCAGAACAAGCUGCUGUCACCUCUGAGUUUGAGAGCUACAAAGUCCGAGUUCACAAUGUUCUAAAACAACAGAAAAAUAAGUCUGUGUCUCAGGCUGAAACUGAGGGAGCUAAACAAGAAAGGGAACACCUGGAAAUGCUGAUUGACCAACUGAAAAUCAAGUUACAGGAUAGCCAAAAUAGUUUACAAGUCAGUGUUUCCGAGUUCCAGACACUGCAGUCUGAGCAUGACACUCUGCUGGAGAGGCACAACAGGAUGCUGCAGGAGACCGUGACCAAAGAGGCAGAACUUCGGGAAAAGUUGUGUUCAGUUCAAUCCGAGAACACCGUGAUGAAGUCUGAACAUGCCCAGACGGUGUGUCAGCUAACAUCCCAGAAUGAAGCGCUCCGUAACAGCUUCCGUGACCAAGUUCGACAUUUGCAGGAUGAGCACCGAAAGACAGUGGAGACCCUGCAACACCAGCUCUCCAAAGUGGAGGCUCAGCUCUUCCAGCUCAAGAGUGAGCCAUCCACAAGAAGCCCCGCUUCUUCCCACCAACCUUUGAAAAACCCUCGAGAAAGAAGAAACACAGACCUCCCCCUUCUGGACAUGCACACUGUGGCCCGGGAGGAGGGAGAAGGGAUGGAGACAACUGACAGCGAGUCUGCAUCUUCGCCUGGCACCCAUAUUACAUCCUUAGAACAGCUGCUGAGUUCUCCUGACACCAAGUUUGAACAGCAUUUUGCAGAACCCCAUUCAUGGCAUGCCGAAUUUACCAAAGAAGAAUUGGCUGAAAAGCUCAGUUCCACCACGAAGAGUGCAGAUCACUUAAACGGCCUGCUUCGGGAGACAGAGGCCACCAAUGCCAUCCUUAUGGAGCAGAUUAAGCUUCUCAAAAGUGAGAUAAGAAGACUGGAAAGAAAUCAAGAGCGAGAAAAGUCAGUAGCUAACCUGGAGUACUUGAAGAAUGUGUUGCUACGGUUCAUUUUCCUGAAGCCCGGGAGUGAACGAGAGCAGCUUCUCCCUGUGAUAGACACAAUGCUGCAGCUCAGCCCUGAAGAAAAGGGCAAGCUUGCCACAGUUGCUCAAGGUGAAGAAGAAAGUGCUUCCCGUUCCUCUGGAUGGGCAUCCUAUCUGCAUAGCUGGUCUGGACUUCGGUAGAUUGAUGGGAAGAGAAUGCUUUAUUAACUCAACAGAAUUCAUUUGAAGGAAAAGUGGUUAUUAUUAUUUGAUCAGGAAGUGUCCAUAUCUGUUCACAUCCCCUGAUGAUUGUAUAUAUGUAUAGCAGAUGAAUUUAGACUCUCAACUUGUAGUAAAAGGACAACAGCUUGAAGCAGUGGUACCAGUCGCCCACAGCCCUGUGACUCGGCACCCUGGCCUCAGUCUCCGUGAUCUCCCGUGUACAGAGAAAACAGUUUAUUCCUGUACUCUGGAACCCCAGGAGCCACUCGUUUCUAAGUUGUACUGUGAAUUUUGAAAGUGAUUUGAAUUUUGGUACCAUAUGAACUGGAAAGUUUAAACUUUUAAAAUAAUGUUUCAAGAUUAAGGAAAUGCUUUGUUGGGAAGGUUGACAUGUUUAUUGCGGGAUUAUGAAGUAUGUAUGCUAGCUAAUUAUGAGGCUAAGUUAAAUUGCAGUUUAGUCCGUUGCUUUAAAACUCCCCCUCCCCCCACUUGUUAUUUCAAAACUUACCCUGGUACUGGUGAUAGGACGCCGACCUUGAAUAGAUGGGCCCACCUCAGGCAGAUGUGUCUCUAGGCUCUAGUGUGCUGCCAUCGCUCCUAAGCCAGGAGUCUGUUUGAGAAUUCCCUGCCUCUCAGAACAGUGACUGUCUGACUCAGCAUUAAAUACACAUGAACCUGGUGCUUCCAGUAUUGUUCAGGUAGCCUUGUUCCCCAAGCAUGACCCCGAGAGGGCUCAGGCUUACUCUUGGUGAAUAAGGCUAGCUGGGGAUGUGUUACUUGCCUUUAUGUCUCUGAAAAUAGUCCAUUGACUAGAUUAAAAUUGUGCUCUUAAAUCAGAUUUGGGGAUUAUAUUUUAAUAAUGCAAUUCGUUAAUAGAUAACCACAUAGUGCUCUCUGGAGUUCUUAAGUGUAUGGUUGAUUCUCAAUUUUCAGUCUCAGCUAGAACCCUGACUGUGUAUGUCAGUCACUAUGAACAUUAGUUUCCAACCUGGUUUAGCUGGUUUGCUGCUGACAUGUUGAAUUUGUUCUCUUAAAGCGAUUAUCUCUCAGUGUUCGCCCCCCCUUGUUAGAACAGACCUAACUAGUGAAUGUAUUGAUUAAAUGCAUCUAUCUCAGAGCUGACUUUAGAAGAUGAGUAUUUUAACUUCAUAAACUGUGAAUAUGAGUAUGCCCAGUGGCAUCUGAUGUAAUUUUAGUAAUAUUUAAAUAAAUUCCACUUUUUCUUUGGGCCUACUACACCCUUUGAAGUCUGUAUAAACUUGUUUUGAAAUCUAGUCUGUUCAUAUGAAUGUAAUAAAAAUGCCUUUUGCAUGGUAAAAAUUACUUUGAUUACAAAAGACAUAUAUGCUUUUUGUGACCAGCAAUAAGGAACUAUCAUGAUUGAUAUUUCUAUUAAAUGCAUUUAACUGUA